CAACUAGGAAAUUCAACUGUUGUCAUUUUAACCUUUGGGGAUCUUUAAUAUUAUGGUGCCAGAGAACAUUACAUGCAAACUUAGUCUUUUAGUUGUAGUGUAGUGAAGGGGCAGUUGAUUAAAUCAAACUUCGUUUUGUUUCUUCUGGAGCAAACCUAAACCUUCUUUUUUUUUAAUUAGAACUGCUGGUGUGCACAAUAAUUUGGCAGCCAGUGUUUUCAUGGAAGAUGGAAGGAGGCUGCCAAUAUCUUACAUCAGAUGGACUUGAUCAGGUAUGUUUCAUAUCAGUGCCUUUAGGAAGAAACAAAUGUAAUGAUAUCUUCUUUUUAAUUUAUGAAGAUUUUAGUACUCUCUAUGAGACGACGUAUGAACUGUCAGUUAUCAGAUAUGAGCACUCCUGUUCCAUCCACAGAAUACCUACUGUUAUCGGUUCCAUGAUAGUUUGUUUUAUGAGGAAUGGUUUUGUUCAUUCCUGAGUUUAUCAGACAUUCAGACCAUAGUAAAGAAUGGUAAAAAAAGGGUCCCAAGCCAAAGGAAAUUGAGCAAAUGUGUGUGCUUCAACUUCUGAGUUUCAGAUUGUGGCAUAAUAUCUUUUUCCAGCCUGUCCUGCCCAUUUUUGUGCCCAUCUCUUUCUCAAACCUCUUCCUGUUCCUUUCUCUGUUCUGUGUUCAGAGCAACAUCAUUUUUAUGCACUUCUCUCUUAUCAAUCCAACUGGGACAGUUAUUCCGUCCUUUUUUUCUGAUUUUCUUGCUAGCCAUUUUUUUCUCAAAUAUGCAAGAGAACUUCAUAUCAUUUCAGUAUAGAAUUAUAUAAGAAGAAAAAAGUUAGAAAAAGAAAAGUACCCAGUUAAAAACACCAGGUGCACACAUCUGACGUUUGCUAGCUAAAUGUUGCAAGUGGAUCCUCUUGACGAUAUAGAUGUGAAUUACACAUUUACUUUACUACCUCAUCUCUAAUUACUGUUCUUGUCCUUGGUAAAUGGCUUCAUUGACAAGAACAAAAGCAAAUUCCAUACUGCAGUUGGAAAGAUAGGUUGCAUGUGCAGCAUAAGUCUCAAAAGCUAGUCACAUAUGUUUAGUAAGAGAAUGAGCUUCUUAUUCAUCUCUUACGGAGAAUUCAGUUUUUUAUAUAACAAUGUUUGAUGUUCAUAUAUGCGCUGGGUAAGGAUUGUUUGAUGUCUCCAAUAUCCACACUUGCAAAUGGUUCAUAUAUGUAUAAACAUGUCAGUAAGAUGUAUUUUUUUACACUUUUUUCAUUUCUUAUACAGAAAUGUCACUGGAAUCAGCUUCUUGUGUUUAUUAAUGCAUAUAUGGCUGGAGCAUAUUCCUAACUGCAAGUGACACCUAUUCAUUCUUCAAAAGGUGUUGGAUUCGGCAUAAACUUUUAGUCUUUCAUCAAAAGCAGAUAUAUUUUGAACUUGUGCUUCCUGGAAAGAAAUCUCAUUUCCUAUGUCUUGCUAGAUAGAAAGAGGGGCAAUUUUUUUUUAUCAGCUAUUUGCUAUGCCAGAAAUUUAUACUCUCUUCAUCCCAAAUUAUUAGUCGUUUUGGCUUUUCUAGAUGCAUAGCUUUUGCUAUACAUCUACAUAUAUGUUUAUGUCUAGGUGCGUAGCAAAGACAAUGAAUUUAGAAAAGCCAAAGCGACUAAUAAUUUGGGACGGAGGGAGUAUAUAUGAAUAUGAAUAUUUUCAUAAGACAAUCUCGUCGUCAAAUAGGCAUGAAAGAGUUUUACAUUGAUUAAUCGAGACAUUUAAAUUGUUCAGUAUGCAUCAGAUGAUAUCUUUGACUUGUUGGUUGUCAGCUGUGGUUAGCAUGCUGAGCUGGCAUAUUAGUAAUUUUCUGCCUUGUUAAUGGAGUGGGCCUACAGACCUUUGGUUUCUGUGGAACUAUGCAUCAAAUCUUCUCUUUUUAUACCAACCCCCUCCUUCACUCGCACUGACUUGCCAACACAUCAAAGGGAUUCACACCCAAAAGCCAUGUUCCACCCUUCGUCUUCGUUGGCACCCUACAGUGACCUCUCCAUGCACCAUGCAGUGAGCCUCUCUUCUGCUGUGCCCACAGCUCCAACCGAAAUUCCUCGUGGGGGUUUCUUCCACGACAAUGGUGGCCUGUUAGCACUUCCCAAUGUUGCAGCAUCGGCGCCACCUCCCUACCCCUCUUCCCUGCCUUCCUAUUACUUCCACAAAAACACCAGCUCAUAUCUCCUCCCUCUUCACCUCCAGUUGUCUGAACAACUUAACAGUAAUGCCACCUUGUCUUGCUCGUCUCCUUCAGCAAGCCAGUUGCCUCUUCCACAUGUUCCUUCUUCCCCUUCCUCAUCCUCUGGCGACUUCUUGGAAUUCAGCACCGGAGCCCUGCGGCGCGUCUUCAGUACCGGUGACCUCCAGGUGAUGAAUGUCUCGCCGUCUCCACCGCCACCGCCACUUUCACGUGACACACACGGCCAGGAUGCAGGGGGGCCUUUCACUCAGAAGGUCGGGAGAUACAGUGCUGAAGAACGCAAGGAGAAGAUUGAGCGCUACCGUACCAAGCGUAACCAGAGGAACUUCCACAAAAAGAUCACUUAUGCCUGCAGGAAGACACUGGCGGAUAGCAGGCCUAGGGUGCAGGGCCGCUUCGCGAGGAACACCGAGACGGAGGCUGAGGCUGUUGCAGCAGGCCACGAGAGGGAGGCCUUCGACAACAGCUACGAGCACUGCCAUUACAGCGACCUCACCACCAAAGGUAGCAGCUGUUUCGACAGCAUGUGCAGGGAAAGUGGCAAGACCACAACAUUUGACGACGGCAAGUGGUGGUGGGAAACGCCGGUAGCCUCUGCAGCAGCAGCCAAUGGGCAUCAUGGGCACCAUCACUACCACCAUCAGCAGCAGCUUCUUGAUUUUGACGUCGAUGUAGACGAAGAGGAUCUGUGGGCCAGCCUAGCUGACAUGUACUCCGGGACCUGACCUGGGGCCAUGCAGCGGGUGUCCUGAUUGGUGCUGUCUGGUGCGAGGAAGGCAGGGGGCAGCGAGCGGCGACUGUCGUUGCCGGGGCAGUAGUGCAGCGGUCAGUGGUGCUGCUGACGUUCUUGUGCCGUAGUGCAUCGUAGCCUUUAGGAGUAGUAAAAAAACAACAAGACAGGGAGAUGGAAAACCACCUCUCGUGUCAGAACAGCUUGUUCCCUGUGUGUUCCCGAGUUACCCUAUUUUGCAAUGCAAUCUUCCAUAAA